GAGGAGGCAGAAACGGCACAUAAGGACGGAGGGGAGACAAAAUGACGAAUCAUUUUGCUGGCAAUUAUUGUCCGAAUAAUCUUUUCUCCUUUCACCGCGAACGUCAAAGAUGAAUCAACAAGAUACCUUUGCUACUGAAAGUAGCAUGGCAGCAACAAAUUCUCACAUAACAAGCGAUGACGACAAAAUUUGCAAAGAUCCUACUGUGCUAAAUAUUGGACACCGAAAAUUUGAUCCGCUUGUCUCUUUAUCUGAGAUAGGAGCACAUUUGAGCCUUUUGAUGGCAUUUCGAGAUAUUCGCAAAACAUGUCACUCGUUCGCAUCAGACAAAGAGGCCCAAGACAAAAUCUGGUCAAUCUAUCUCCGUAGAGCAAAUUACCGUUUCUCGCUUUACGUCGAACAAGUUUUAUCUUCUGCGAUUUUACUUUCUGAUCGACUUUCAGAGCGAAAACCACAGGACUUAUUGCAUAUCAAUCCCGUUAAAGUGCAAGGUCAUACUCACCGGACCUUAUUUGACAUUCCCGAGGAUGCUAUACCGCCAUUGGAUGUCUUGAUGAUUUGGCACGCAUAUAUGCUCAAUCCAGGUAGAUAUGCUGAAGAUACCGCACGAGUGGAUUCUAGACGUAUUCUUCAUCACGUUCGCUUUCCUUUGCUAUCUAUUGGCACACGUCUCAAAGGGGAUCCAACGAAUGGACCAUUAAUUGAUGAUGCUGCUUCAAGCGAAACACGUUGGACUUAUAUGACGGGACAAGAUUUUCAUCUAGCAUACCUUACACCACCAUUGACAACCAACGCCGCGAUCAAUUUCAAACCGCCAUUUGAAGAAGGGUUAUUUAUCGAAUGUCUUCUUUGUGCUCGAAAUGCCGAAAUGAAUCCAGAAGCUCGCUCUAAUUUCGAAUCAGCUGGCGCGAUUCUCUCAUGGACAGAGCUUGCAGAUCACGAUUGGGAACGCAAGUGUGAUUGUUGUGAUGCCACGAUAAAUGCAGACGUUCUUCGUGGAGGUAUCUUUCUCAAAGAUAUAGAAGAAUGGUUGAAAACCAGCCCUCAACAGAUGAUCAAACCGUUUUACAUGCGUGGUGGCCUGCUUUCUGCGCGAAAUGGCCGUCCAUUUGUUAAGGAUCCGCAUGCUCCUGUCCUUUGCCGCCUAUAUCCUUUUGACCGAAAAGUGAAUAUUGAAGACGUUAGAAUGAAAGCAUUGUUAGCACACGUCAAAAGGGAUGGAUACGAAGAUCCUAACUUGAUCGCAAGACUCAACAGCCAUGUUCCAAAGAAUGAUCAAAGUCCGUUCUCGCACUACAAAGAAGCAAAGGGCAGUAUAAAAGCAUGGUCAAUAAUAAUCAAUGCCAGCUGUAAAAGUCGCAUUGUGUUGGAAGAUGAAGAGAAAGUUGUUGAUCUAGAUCGUAGAAUCAGCAAUCUGCUUAAGUUCUACCUGGAAGGUGAUCCAUUAGUCCCUAAUUCAAGUAUUGACGUAGUGGAUGCAGUCAAACGUCAAUUUAAUUUCAUCAAUGAAUUGGACAUAAUUGGAUGGCUUGACUUAAACCAAUACGAUGAAAUGGACAAGCUCAAAUCAAGAUUAGCACUCUCUAUUGUUCGAUACCAUCGUUGGCUGAAUCUUCUCGAACGGUGCAAAGAUCUUUUGUGUCCGACCCUUGACAUCGAUCUGGCAUGGCAUACACAUCAACUAUCGUCAACUUACUAUGUGGACUGCUUUCGCACGGUUGGCAUGUUUGUUGAUCAUGAUGACAAAUUGCCUGCUACCACACUUGCUACUGCAUUUGAUCAUACCCAAAAGACUUGGUAUGACUAUUAUGGGCAGCCUUACAGUACAUGUGGCUGUCCUGUACGAAAACCUUCCGGGCUCACCAAAUUCUUAAUGAAAUUGACGAAGGACAAAUCAUCUUCCGGCAUGGAAGAAGUACAGAGCUCUUCUCAUCCAUCUGCCCAUAAUGCGGUGGUACCGAAAGAUACUAAAAGCGCAAUCUCAAAGUCAAUUUUUAGAACGAUGAAAUGGCGAAAGACAAUGGAACAACAACGUAAAACACAACACAAAGAUGCUUUCAUCCUUGGCUAUGGUUUUACCCCGCUUGAGCCGUUUCAAGCCGUUCCAACAACUGAGUCACGAAUUCCUGGAAAUUGUAUGAUUGGGCUUCCGGAAACUUAUAGGGUUGGUCCAGGCCAAUGUGUAGGUGUGAUUACAACACAGAGCAUAGCACCUUCAGGGUAUUACGUCGGAGGAGAACAAAAGAACACACGUUACUAUGGAGCAGGAGGUACUACAAAUGUACCCAGGAUGUCCACGCCAACUGUUCAGACAUCGUCUACAAGUGGCAAUCGAAGACGGCACGGUCACGGGGGUGGGGUCUCUUUCACAGGUGGCGGAAUUGGUGCUAGUUGUGGAGGAGGAGGUGGUGGUGGUAGUGGCUGUGGUGGAGGAGGAGGAGGUGGCGGUGGGGGCGGAUGCUGA